AUGUCUUCCAGCUCGAUCAGAGAGAGGAAAAGCAUGGUGGACGACUAUUACGUUGACACUGUAGAUGUGGAGGCUCUCCCACAGCUUAGGCAACCUGUCCGUAGGUAUGAAAGGACGUUCGGUAACCCGGCCCCGGUUGGCAUGCUCAGUUAUGCGACUGUUAGUUUGUGCUCCUCCCUUCUAACCCUCCAUGCGGGGAACGUGUACACUCCAAACAUGGUUCUCCUAUUUGCUACCUUCUAUGGCGGAAUCACGCAGACCCUGGUAGGUUUGAUGGAAAUGUAUUUGGGGCAUACGUUCCCUGCAUCGGUGUUCUUGACUUUCGGUUCAUUCAACUUUAGCUAUGGAGCGAUUUACAUCCCAAGCUUCGGCAUAUUAGCUGCUUAUUCUGUUGAUGGUACCCCUACUGAGGAAUAUUACCACGCUAUGGGACUUUUCCUGUGUGUUUGGAGUUUUGUGGCCUUCAUCUUUUUGAUUGGUGCUCUUCGCACUACCUUGCCUAUCGCCGGGUCGCUUGCGUGUUCCGUUUUGUCGUUCUCGUGUCUUGCGGCUAACGCAUUUACUGGUAUUCACAUUCUCGCUAUGGCUGGCGGAAUAUUCGGCAUGGGUGCUGCUUUUGGUGCCUACUAUGAAGGGCUGUCCAAGCUGUGGACAAAGCAGACGACGUUUUCGCGAGAAUAUCAGGCCAGUGAUACCCCGCGCCAGCAUCGGAAGCCAGUCUCUGCAGCACGCAAUACACCGAAGCUGGCCUUCUUGCUGCAUGUUGGCUUAUCGAAUCCUGGUUGUUUCUUCGUCUCACGCUGGAACGUCCUCAAAACCCUGCUGUGUCUCAGUUUGAAGAUGGCUCACCAUUCCAUCCAGCGUUCCCCGGGGCAUUCUUCCAUACCAACCAGCACCUCACACCACUCGCGCAGCUCCAUCUCCAGUGGGCUUCCAGUAUCUCAGGUCGCAUUUGGGCUUCAGCCUCGUCGAACGUCUGAAAGCAGCUCACAGGCCAGCUCCGCUUCUACUUCCGCGACCCUGGGUCCACAGACACCUCAGUCCUCUAUUCCAUCAUUUCGAUCAUUGCGGAACCUCCUCCCAUUUGGGUCAGGCAAGAACUCGAGCCCCAACACCCCCAGUCCAAACACCCCGAAACCACCAUUUGUCGGCUCCUUGCGUCGCUCGAUAAAUCAUGAAAGAAAGACGUCGGUGGUGCUUGCCAGCCCCGAUGAUUCAGAAAAAUUUCCUGUGAUUUCUAUUGCUCCUGCUAGUCAAAAUUUCGAGGAAGAAAUGAUGGCUCGCAAAAGAAGCCGCGACCUUGCAAGGUCGGCAUCUGAUUCAGUUACACCUUCCCGGUCCCCAGCAACAGGCAAUGAUGAUCGAUACGGUGCAGACUUAUCCACGAUCAUUGAAGCCGAGAGUUCGGGAAUAUCAAAGCACAUUCCCUAUAUCGAUGAAACCACAAGUCCGGACGACCGUACCAGUUCUCCGGGCUCUCCUUUCUGCUUGGAUAGACAUGUCAAAGACCAGCUUCCAUCACCAGACUCAAGAGACGCUUCCGUUUUGGACUUGUCCACGUCAAAGUUGAAUGCAGAGGUGAUGGAUGCCUUGACGGAGAAAGAUGCAAUUAGAGCUAGUGAAUGGCUCCGCGCCGCGGACGGCAUAGUAGUGGAGGAUCACACGGAUGACAUAGCACAAGAUGUGCAUGGCCCCAAUGAGGAUCCGGACGCCACGUUAGACUUCGAUGUAUUGGACCCGAACCUAGCCCAGCUUCUCAGCCCACACAGCCUGAAUGGAAAGCCUCAUCGUUCAGCCCCUCUCAGCAACCUUAAGCCCCCCCGGGUGCAUUCCAGAAGCCCAAAUCCUCCCAUCACACUGUCACCUCAGGUCACACCCGGCGCAGAACGUAAAACGCUGACGCCAUCUCCCCGACUCGGCACCGUCAUUCCGCCCUCGCCUGCGUCGCAUGGUGUUCAACAGUCAUCACCCCAGCGGCGUUCCGUGUCUUUAUCCAGGUCAUCCAUGGCUAGACCGGCCGGAUCUUCUCUUCCUCGUCUCACCCGUGCCGUAACAACGGCACCUUCUGCGGACCGUCCUUCACCCAAGGAAGCUGCUGGCUCACCAGGUCUCCACGGUGCGCCAAAGAAGCGUCAUCAGCCACCGUCACCUUUGUCUUCGCAGACACAUUCAACUUCAGGCACACCUUCCUCAAGUUCUCCCAUAUCCACAGAUCUCCCGUCAAGGCGGCUUCUCAGCACUCGCCUGGGAUUGGCGAACCGCCAUGUUUCAUCAUACUCCCCGAGCAGCUCCCGCACAGACCUCCGGGCUGCGGCAGACAACGAAUCACCCUCCUCGGGCUCUCAGAUAUCGUCUAGGACUGCGUCAGAUAAUUAUCGGCAGCGGACACCGGGGCUGAGCCUGGAGCUGGGAGGUCCAUUGGAUGUGAAUAGGCGGAGACGACCACACUUAUUUUCCAAUCGGAAACGGAGUAUGAGUGUCGAGGAGGCGCAUAUAUCUUCGACAUCUAGUUCUUCGAAGGUGUCGCCGAUACGACCUUCGUCUUCGCUUUCGAAUCAUCCCCCCGCGAUGGACUGGCUAGGCCCAAGGACGGCGAAAGCGUUCGCCGCAGCUGGGCUCUUGGACGUCGACCGGGAUGGAACUAACGGUCUUGGACGAUAUAACUCUUUGAGAGGAAACAACGAACGAGAGGAUCGCUAUGUUCCCUCCAGGAUGGCAUUUUCUGAGGUGGCUUCCACGUGUUCCUGGGGUCGGAGUGGCAGUAUCUCUCGUGUAAUGACUCCUUCGGAAGGUGUCACGUGGGCCGGAAGCCCUACGUUCUCCGCUCCACGUACAACGCUCUCUGGUGGAUCCACCGCACCGACGUCGAUAUCUGCCUCGUCGUCGGCGCACCAAGCGGCCAUGCAACUUUUGAAAGAUAAGCAUGAUCUGGAAACGGAGGCGCUGUUAGCUGCCCUGUCGGAUUCUCAACGAACGACCAAGACUUUGCGGGAAGAGAAUACUCAACUCCGAGAUCGCAUCCAAGAACUCGAGAAUGAGCUUGAAGCCUUGCGUGAUCAACUCCGUCGGCUGGCGAACGGGACGCAACCUUCUCGACCUGCCUCUCAGGUUGCAUUCACGAAGUCCACCCUCGACAGGAAGAUCGGUACACCGAGUCUGCUGUCGAAUGGUGAUGUUCCUCGUCGCCCCGUUGUGCAGCGAUCGCAUUCGUUUCUUCCUGCACAGUCGAUUAGUAGUGUGAGAUCAUCUGUGGAUCUUGGCGGAGCCACGCGCGAGGAUUCGCCGACCCGAUCCUCUACUUUCCUUGAUACACUUCCGCGAUCGACUGGCCAGCGACGAGCAAGUAUUGCGUCAUCGAUCUUCCCAACCUUGCCAAACAAUAUGUCACUGCUAAUGCUGGAGGAGGCCAUGCAUGAUCAUGGGGCACUCUCAUCCACGUCGGUGUCCCCACCAUCUCCAAGUCGUCUACCAAAACGGCUGAAUGGAAGCGUCCUAAACGGUCAACAUAUCAGCACGUCCAUCCCUACUCCUGCCACACCAGCGACUACCGACUUUUCGAUGACCGAGGUACCUGGAUCACCCACCAGUCUUCAACUCCGGCCGGAGCACGAACUCCACCUUGGAGAUAUGGCCAAUCUAAGUUUAUAUGCUAUGAGUGACGAUGAGGGACAAGCCUAUGACCUAUGA